AUGGAAGAGCACACAAGGAUGGUGAAGGCAUUUAGUAUGAAGAAACAGGGAAGCAGAUGUGCUGGAAAAGCAAGGAAGAAAACUUGGAAGACCAAGGAAGGCUUGAAGUUUGUAAACUUUGAAAAGGCUGGUGAACAUAGUCGUGAGGGAGUGGAAAGAGGUGGACUUGAGACGCAUGUACUACAUAUAUCAGAGUCUUUGUUUGAGGGACUAUGUCGUGAAGUGGGAACUUCCGAACAGGUGAACAUGAGGAGAGGUGUGGUAGACAUAAAAGGGACAAUGACAAAUUGCAUAAGAAGACGAAACGAGAAUAGAAUGAUGUGCAGUGGAAGUCGCAGAGAAGGGUUUCGACUUAAGGGGUCAGAUUUAGACGGCAUGUACUGGUUACCUGACGAGAAAGUGAUCUGGGAUUUAUUUCAGUUUUACAGUUUGAGCAAGUAUUCAGAGGUUUUUGUCUCAGAUUCCUCAGAUAGUCCCCCAGGAUACACUUUACUUUGGCUACUGACACCCAUGGCAGACACAGACGUUAUAGGAUCUCUUUUUACAAUGAAUGACAGAUUUUAUAUAUCUAGUUAUCUGUACCGAAAGUUAAAGUGCUCAGCAAUAAUGCCUAAUUCUAUUGUACAUGGACCGUGUGGUAGUGGAAAUGUGAGUGGCGUUAUGGAAUACGACACAGCUGCAUGCUUCGCCUGUGAUUUUUGGCCUCCGUCUGCCUCCUCAUGGAUUGACAGAUGCCAUUCGUGGCCAAGUCUUCAUAUUGUUCAUGAUGCAGUCAAAAAUGGGUGUCACCUUGUUCCAUUAAGACACAAACUAGGAAAACAUGAAAAUGAUGAAUGGAGAAUAUCUUUCUCUUCAGCAGAACAAAAACUCGUUUAUGCAAUGAACCACUACCAAUUUCUAGUUUACGGGUUAUUAAAACUGUUCUUGAAAGAAGUGAUAAACAGAGAACAAGAUGAUGAUAGCAAAUUACUGUGUUCUUAUCACAUGAAAACUGCUAUUUUCUGGGUGCUUCAGCAAGGCAUUGUACCUUACUGGAAUCCACAAAAUCUCCUCGAGUGUUUCUGGGUCAGUUUUAAACUCAUUCUUAAAUGGGUGUAUGAGGGAGUGUGUCCUAACUUCUUCAUUCCACAAAACAAUAUGUUUUUGGCAAAUAUACAUGGUGCAUCUCAAAGAAAGCUUUUCCUUCAAUUGUAUACAUUAUAUAAAAAGGGCUUUUCGUGCCUACUACACAGUCAUUCCAUAAGACCAUAUAUUGAAAAUGUCCUUUACAAUCCCAUGCUGUCUAUUUGUACAGAUGAUAAUGGUUUAAUGUCUGAGGCCAAUUUUGAUGUAACGCUUUUUCAUGAAAUGUAUCAGUAUAAAACACCAGGUACACCAGAUUUUUACCGCUGUAUGAAGGCUCUAUAUGUGAUAGAACAUCUAGUUAAUUUACCUCUGACAAAGUACCAAGUCCCCAUGUUACAGAAUUUUACAGCCUCCAUCCUGAAAGACACUGCCUUCAUACUACACAACAUGUACUCUACGUACAUUUACAGUCUGAACACUGUUAGACGUAUGAAAGUAAAUAAAGUCAUGUAUCUUGGAGACAAAAUGUCCCGUCAUAUGCUAAAUCUAGCAAUCAAAUUUGGUUGGAUAUCUGACAUGCUGUACAUUGCUGUAUACUAUUACAAGACGUUAAGGUACAAAGAGGCUUUAACUAUCAUAGAGAUGGCAAAGAUAAAGUUAGCUCAGCCACAUCUGUUAUACAAAGCACAUGUGAAUACAGAAAAAUAUAUUGAAGCUGUAGGGGGGAAAUCUUUCUCUUCGAAAAUGAGGAAGGCGGUAGUAUGGGAUAUCUUGUUUGAUAAUAGAAUUCAUUACAUCGAUGAAUUACAGAUUGAACAAGAAUCAUGUUCCGAAAAUAAGGUUAUACACGCAUUACGUAUCCCGCCUUAUGUAGUCUUACACAUGCUAGAAUUCUUCUGCUGUAUACACGUUAACCACGAAAGCAUGGAAAGGACGCAAGAAGCUGUAGACAACCUCGAAGUGUUACUCCACAAUGACCUAGAUGCGUAUGUACCCGAAAUACACAGGGAUAUUUCAUGGCAGAUUUUGGGCAUCUGUCAACAGAUUGCUGGGAACCGCCAAGCUGCUCUCUUCUCCUUUCAACAAUCGCUCAGACAAUUUCCACUUCACCAAAUACAAACGGCUGCGAUGGCGAGAAUACAAAAUCUUUGUUGA